UGACAAUGAUUAGCUGCUGAUAGAUUGCAAUUUCAGACUUCAUCAAUAUGACAGAAGCGAAAAAUGGCCUCCCAAGUUGGUGAGAAGUAUCGCAAUGGUGCAGAGAUCUACAACGGAGAUGCACUCUGUAAGAAGAAAUCCAUUGAGUUGUUAGAAGAAAUCGGCCUUCCAAAUGGGCUCUUCCCUCUUGAAGACAUUGAAGAGUUUGGAUUUAAUCGCGGCGAAGGCUUCAUUUGGCUCCUUCAGAAAAAGAAGAAGGACCACAAUUUCAAGAAAAUUAAGAGAGCGGUAUCAUAUGCUCAGGAAGUCACAGCUUUUGUUGAAAAAGGUAAGAUGAAGAAGAUGACUGGAGUGAAGACCAAAGAGCUUAUGUUAUGGCUCUCCGUCGUUGAGAUGUACAUUGAGGACCCUUCUUCUGGGAAGAUCACCUUCAAGACUGGCACCGGGCUCUCUGACAGCUUCCCAUCUUCUGCUUUUCAACUUGAGUAGUAGUAGAAUUGCUGAGAAUGUCUUGAAACACUAGAGGAGUGCAUUAGUUUUUCUUUGUAUCUUCAUUCAAUAAGCUUUGUGCAAGAAUAAAAAUUACAACUCUGUUUUGCUAAAA